AUGGUGACUCGCGUCAGCGUUUAUUGGGAUGCCUCAGCUCAAGUGGCAUUGGAUGUGUCCGCCUUGGACGCCGUUUCGUCAGUGUUCGAUGUUGCCAAGGCCCACGGUCUUAUCCAAAGCUUCAGAUUAUACGUUGACCGACAGAACUCUGGGUCAUUCACGGUCGAGAGUAAGUCCGAACUCCAGGCCUCCGGCGUUUCCAUCGUGGAGGUGGCAGCAGAAGGUAGAGCAGGUGCAUCGGCGAAGAUGAUGCUAGCGGACGCCUUUCUUCACGGACUCACCUGUGUGACGGCGUUCGCGUUAAUCUUUGUCUCAGCAGACCCGGACAUCAUGUACGGCUUGUCUCUGUUGAAACUCCAAGGUAUCCGGACGAUCCUUCUUACCCCACGGAACGCACACCGAAACUUGGUUCAGAGGGCAUACUGUGAACUCCCCCUUCUUGAACAACAGGAUAUCUCGAUGUUACCGACCGUGUCCGUGGAUCACCCCGGGGCUGCAGCAGCCGAACCUUCGACCCGACACUCGCAGAACGGGUCCAUCGUGGCCAGCCAUCUCACCAACGAGUCGAUCUCUAGCUCGUCUUCUUACUCGCCUUCCUUGGUCUCGCAAGCAGCCGGAGAUGGUCCUUCGCAUGAGGAUCAACAACCGCAGUGGAAGGGGAAGGGAAAGACGACUCAAUUCUCAACCCACGCAUGCGGACGCGAUACACCUUCUAUAAGCAGGCGAACUUCAGUUUCGUCGUUCUACAAGCCGCCUACUGGAAUGUUUGAGAGGGGGAGCUCUCCUUCGCCUUCACCCUCUCCUAUUUCUCAGCGUUCCGAAUUCAUAGUCGUCAACAAGACCUCUGAGGCAACUGACUCUCCAACUCGUCGAGUCCCUGGUACUCCGCCUGAUCUAUCGCCUGCAUACGAGCAUCCUCGGCUUCCCUCUAUCCCGCAGCCAUUGUCCAAUGUAACCACGUCAGCUAACUCUGCGGUUGAUGACGCUCCCGUGUCGGCUAAGAAGUCUCUCAAGCUGCAAACGCCGGACCCAGAGUCAAUCGAACCCGUCGGUUCAUUCACCCAUUCGCUCAACACAUCUGCACUCAAGCCCAAGGCGAUCCCGACUGUCAGUAACAAACCCAGAGUGACUCCGCUCAAAGAUCCCAAGCCUGCACCUGGCAGCCCAUCCGCGGCCGCUGAAAAGAGCAGAGCUCCUGUAUCCCCCAUCCCGGUAGCCGCCUCCAAAGCGGCGCCCUUACCCGCCUUGGUCGCGCCACCCUUGGCCCCACGGCCAAUACAUUCAGCGCCCCCUUCCUCUCCCUUCACAUUUAGUCACCCAGUUCCAGCCCCCGUCCGCACUUCCUUUGGAGAAGCACCCAGUCCCGCGCAAGACGCUGUCGGGAUAGUUUCUAGGCCAGCACCAAAGCCUGCCGCUGUAUCAACAAGCCGCGACCCGUUCACCUCUUUUACUCAGACACCAAAGCCGCCGACAUCUUCCUCGCCAGUGUCAAAGCCAGUUCCAGUAGCACUGGCAAAGAUCGAAGCGGGACCCUCAGUCUCUGGGUCUGGCAUGGCCCAGAAGAUUCAGAAACCACCUCACCGUCGGUACCGGCUCUUGAUCGAUAUCCUUCGCGAGUCUCGUGCUCGCGGGGAGACUUUCAUGAGACGGGUAGACAUGUUCAAUGCCUUGAAAAGGAAGAAUCCGAAUUUCAUUCGAGACUGCGACCUCGCGGAUGUGAAGGGUCCCGUUGUUAACUAUCUUAACUGGGCUUACUCUGCUGGCAUCAUUAUGUCGAACAAGGGUGACGUUGUUCUUCAUCCCGAUUAUUAUUGA